AUGGCCGGCAGAGGAAGAGACAAUGUGAGCCAGCCACAUGCUCUUCCUCAUUAUAAUGAAGAAUGUGAUGAUGAUGAUGAUGAGUUUACUAAUAAAGUUGAAGUAUUUGAUAUUACAAAAUUGAGGAAACUGGUAAAAAUUAAGAGGAAGAGAGCAAAUGCAGCUUAUGCAGAACUUGAGAAAGAAAGGGCAGCUUCUGCCACUACAGCAGAUGAAGCAAUGGCUAUGAUUUCGCGACUUCAAAACGAGAUGAGCAUGAUCGAAAUGGAAUCUAAUUGGUACCGUAAUUUGGCUGAAAAGAAGCAGCUCCGCGAUCAAGAAGUGAUUCGAUCAUUGAAGUGGCUCUUGCUAAGUCAUUCACCCGAGAAGUGUCUUUUGGAAGAUCAGUUGAGAUUGUGUAGGAAAAAGUCGAAACAUUUUGUGAAGAAUGAUGAAAAGGAUGGAGACCGAGAAGGUUUGAGUUCUUUGAAUCUCGGGAUUGAGGAUGCCAUUGAAGAUGUGUUUUUUAUAGCUCACUACAUAAUAGACAGGAAGAAAACAUUGCAUCCACGGAUUAAUUAUUUGGUUCGAGUGUAA